AUGCCUAAGCUUACCGUUCCCGGGGCUAUACUCCACUAUGAAACGUUCGGCACCUCUGGGCCCGUGCUUGUCUUUAUCCCCGGAGCCGACGGCCGCGAAAGCAUUUUCCACACUGUCGCCGAAAUUCUCGCCGCGAGCUUCACUGUCGUCUGCUGGGAUCGCCGUGGAUAUUCGCAGAGCUAUCUCCGUCUGAUAGCCCGCGUCUCUCGUGAUGGCAAGGCUGUUGUUUUCGGAACAUCAUCCGGCGCUGUCGUUGCGCAACAGCUGCUGGCCACUCAUACCGAUUGCGUGGCCAAGCUUAUUUCUCAUGAACCACCGGCUUUUGGUGUCCUACCCAAGGAGUUUGAAGUACAGGCGAGCGGACUGAUCAAUCACAUCUACAACACAUACAGAGCUCAAGGCCCUGAGGCAGCCAUGGAGGUUUUCACCUCGGGUUUGUCAGAAGGCCCUGAUGCGAAGAUGAUGCGUCAUUGCAUGGACACAAACCGCGGCGACGAGAUCCGCGCUAAUUGUCUCUUUUGGUUUGAAUUUGAGCUGAGGCAGUAUACUAGUGCGCCAGUAGACAUUGAAGGUCUCGAAAGGGCAAAAGAGAAGCUCAUUUUUGUCGCUGGAGAUGAAAGCAUUGAUGGUGCAGGUGCAGGACCAAUCAAGGCUAUCGCUAUGCGGUUGGGCAAAGAGGUUCAAAGGAUUCCUGGUGGUCACGUGGGUUUUAUGACUGUCCCUGAUCUGUUUGUGAAGAGGAUAUUAGAACUACUCAGCGAAUAG